CACGCAGAAAGUCAGCAAGUGCUACGAAUCAGGGUUUCUGUUUAUCAGAGUCUGUGCUCCAGUGGACAGCCGGCGUCCACAGUUAGGGCGCCAUCAGUCCAGGCUGGGUCCAUCCAGCAUGACGCCCGCAAGCUCCUGGAUGCCAGUGUGUGGUGGUCACGUCCCAACUGUCUCCCACUAUGUCCCCUCUCGUCCUGUACCUCUCCCUGGAUCCUGUCUUUAUGGUCUUUGCCCAAGAUCACUGCCACUGCCUCCCAGCAGACUCUCUACCACUGGAGGGACUUCCCUGACGGUCCAGGAGCCAAGACUCUGUGUGCCCAGUGCAGGGGGCACAGGUUCAAGCCCUGGUUCAGGGAACUAAGAUUCCCACAGGCUGCACGGUGUAGCCAAAUAAAUAAAUAAGUAAAUCUAGUACUAGAAUACAGUUUAGGAAAGAAGCCUGCUAUCCUGGAAUUGAAGAAAAGGUAGUUAUCUCCGACUAUUGGGGAAAAUUGCUAUAUAAACAGGGCGCUUUUGAUUGACUGUAAAGUAGGCGUGGUUUUUGUGUAGUAGUACCCCAAAAAAUUGCUCUACAGACUGAAUCUACAACUGUAGAAUUUAUUUUCAAAACAGUAGGCCAGCGCUAGGUUACAGCCCGUAACUGUGACAGUGGCAGUAAUACAGCCACAGCGCUGAGCCCGUGAGUCCUGACCUCAUGACGUCCUGUUCUAGCCAGCUGAUCAGAAGCAGGUUGUGGAUGAAAACAUCCCCCAGAGGGACUGCUCCCCUGGGGCAUGGUCACACCCAUCUCUAUCUUACUCUGCCCGAGCCUGGGCUGGGGGAGACCCUCCAAGCUGCCUCAGCUCCAGUGUGCCAUCACCCAGCCUGCUGCAGGCAUGUCCAUAAUUAACACUGGUUGUUGUCAUUUUAAUCGCUAAAUCAUGUCCGAUCCUUUUGCGACCCCAUAGCUCUUCAGGCUCCUCUGUCCACGGGAUUUUCCAGGCAAGAAUACUGGAGUGGGUUGCCAUCUCCUUCUCCAGGGGAUCUUCCCCACCCAGGGAUCAAACCUGCCUCUCUUGUGUCUCCUGCAUUGGCAGGCAGAUUCCUUUCUAAGAAACUGAGCUAAUUAACAGUGUUAGAUGUGCAGAAAUACAAGAAUGCUGCAUUUUCUUCUUUUUUUUUCUAUUUUCACCAUUUUAAAAAAUUUUUUAUUGUUUAAGUGAAGCAUAAUUGCUUUACAGAAUUGUGUUGGUUUCUGCCUAACCCUAACCCUAACCCACCUGGCCUCAUUAAGAAAGUAAAACAUUUGUGAGUCUCCUGCAGAAUUUUUUUUCUCCGGAUUGUAGAAGCUCUCUGUCAGCACAGCACUCUGGGCCUGGAGAGUUCAGAGAAUCACUUAAGUAAUGUGACAGCCUUGUCCAUUUAAAAUGGAAUUCAGUGCCAGCUUCCCUCAGAGGCAUUCAUUGAAACUCCGUGUGUGAGCUGUUCCUGUUGUCACUUAAUAAUGUCUCUCAUGUUUGCCAGCCAGUGACAGCAUUGCUCAAGUUCAUUAGGCUGGACUGGGCUUUCCUGGGAUGUGUGAACCCUCCCACAGUUCAUUCUGCAUCUUGUUUGGAGCAAGGAGCAGCAGCCCGUGCCAUGCUGUUAGGGGCGCGAGCAGAGGUGGGUGGGGUCCGGGGCUGACCCCUGCAAGGUGGAUUCUUAACCAAGUGGUUUGAUAUUUAACAAUAGUAAAUCUUCCAAUCCACGAACAUGGUGUCUUUCCUUUUAUUUAACUUUUUUCAGCAGUGUUUUGUAAUUUUUACUAGUUUUUGUUGUUUCUAAUCUUGAAUUCCAUUUUUUGAGACAAAGGAUGGUAUAUGAAAAUGACAUACUGAUAUUUUCUAUAAAGUUCAUGAAGGAUAUGUAGCCCAGGUAAGCAUGUACAAAGGAAAGCGUGUCACCCUGACCCCUUACAGAGCUGGGAAAGAACAUUGUUGUUUUAAGUUACACUGCUAGCAUCAGAAGGAAAAGAAACACUGAUCUUGAUGGCUGAGCAGGCACUCCACCUUGAAGGAGCUGUAGUUAAUGUGUGAUCAGACACACCCUACAUCCCUCUACACACUAAAGGGACGGCAGGGAUGGAGGAGGCCUGAGCAAAGAAAUUUUUUAUUUUUCUUGUCCUGCCUUCAAAUAGAAAUUUUUAUUUCAUCACAUUUUAGAACCUAUAUUAGAAAAGAAAGAUUGCAAAUAAGUAAUGCUACAUGUUUAGGAGACUAAGAAAAAGAAGAACAAACGUAAACUUGGUGCCAGUAAAAAGAGCACAAAAAGAAGCAGCAAGCAAAACACUGAUUCUUUGAACAGCUCUUUGAUAAACCUAGACUGAUUCAGAAAAAAAAAAAAAAAAGGCAAAUAUCUAAUAUCAGAAACGAAAGUGGAGCGCAGAGCGGUUUGGUUGUUCGUUGGAAGGAGUUCUUUGGUUCGUUGGAAGGAGUUUUUCCCGUAGCUGAGCUAUUGCGGCUCUUUGGGCAGCAGCGGCGGCGCGGCAGUCGGAGAAGCGGCCUAAAACUUCGGCGUUGGGUAAAAGAAAAUGGCUCGAACCAAACAGACUGCUCGGAAGUCAACAGGUGGGAAAGGGCCCCGCAAGCAGCUGGUCACAAAAGCAGCCAGGAAAAGCGCCCCCUCUACAGGCGGGAUGAAGAAACCUCAUCGCUACAGGCCCGGGACUGUUGCGCUUCGAGAAAUCCGUCGUCACCAGAAAUCCACCGAGCUUCUGAUCCGGAAACUGCCUUUUCAGAGGCUGGUGAGGGAGAUCGCCCAGGAUUUCAAAACCGACUUGCGGUUCCAGAGUGCCGCCAUCGGUGCGCUGCAGGAGGCUAGCGAAGCGUACCUGGUGGGCUUGUUUGAAGAUACUAAUCUGUGUGCCAUCCACGCUAAGAGAGUAACCGUCAUGCCCAGAGACAUCCAGUUGGCUCGCCGGAUACGGGGAGAGAGAGCUUAAGAUGAAGGCGAAAAGUGACUGUUCACAGACCUGAGUGAUGUGAGCGCUGUUGCUGAGGAGUGACAAGUUGCUAAUAUGCAGAAGGGAUGGGUGAUAUUUCUUGCUUCUCAUGAUGGAUGUUUCUGUAUGUUAAUGAUUUGUUGGGUAGCUAUUAAGGUACUAGAAUUGAUAAAUGUGUACAGGGUCCUUUUGCAAUAAAACUGGUUAUGACUUGAUCCAAGUGUUUAACAAUUGAGACUGUUAAGUCUGACCAUACAUCACUGUGAUAGAAUGUGGGCUUUUUCAGGAGUGAAGAUACAAGUCUUAACCACAGUGUAACUUACAGUUUCCUUAAAAAAAAAAAAGUCAACCUGGCAGCUAUAGAAUACACUAUGUACAUUUAUAAUAGCUAUUUUAUAUAUUGUAGUGUCAACAUUUUUCAAUUAAAUGUUUUACAUUGA